AUGGCAAAGCCAACAGCGGACUGGGAGAAGGUCGGCACGCGCUUCUACCGUAAGGUCCAGCUGUACACCGCCGUCUUCGACCAGGACCUUGAGCUCGAGAACUACCUUGUAGCAGGGGCGCCCUAUAGUGGAGCUUUGGCCUUGCACCGCGAUGAGGAGAAAGUCCACGCCUACCGCGGAGCCCGCGCCGCCAAACCAAGCAUCGAUGUAUACAGUUGCGCCGGCAAGCUCAUAAGGCGAAUCAAUUGGGAGAAAGGCUCUAUCAAGGGUCUCGGAUGGUCUGAGGAUGAGAAGCUACUGGUCGUCACAGAAGACGGGACCGUACGCUGUUACUACGACCUCCAGGGCGACUUUGUCCCGUUCACUUUGGGCCAUGGCGCAGAGGAACACGGAGUCAAGGCCUGUCGAUUCUGGAGUAAUGGGUUCGUCGCGCUACUAAACAACAACCACCUCAUCUCUGUCGCUCGAUACGAUGAGCCGCGGCCGAAGCUGCUUGCGAUACCUCCGGAGGGUGAAAUACACUCAUGGACUUUGAUACCACCGGCCUACACGCUCUCCCGAUCAGUAGAGGUCUUGCUGUCAACCGACAAGACAAUAUACGUCAUAGAUGCGUCGGACUCGGAAGACCGGAACUACUCUGAAGGCCCAUUCGUUCAUAUGAGUGUAUCUCCGAAUGGCAAGCUCGUGGCGCUUUACACCAACAAUGGGAAGCUGUGGGUUGUUGGUAGCGAUUUCCAGGAGACAUUGAACGAGUAUGACUCACGUUCGAAAACCAUGCCUAAGGACAUGCAUUGGUGCGGAAACAACGCUGUUGCACUCGCUUGGGAGGAUGAGAUCCAUCUCGUGACACAGGGUGCCGCUACAAAAUAUUAUUACGACGGCUGGGUGCAUCUGAUUCCGGAUGUUGAUGGCAUUAGAGUUCUCACCAACGAUGUCUGCGAGUUUUUACAGAGAGUGCCGGAUGUCACUGAAGAAACCUUCCGGAUAGGCUCAACCUCGCCCGCUUCUAUUCUGCUCGACGCUGUUGAUCAACUGGAACGCAAGUCACCAAAGGCAGAUGACAAUAUCCAGCUAAUCCGUCCGAACCUCUCCGAGGCUGUUGAUGCGUGUGUUAAGGCGGCAGGACACGAAUUCUCUAUCCACUGGCAGAAGCAACUGCUGAAGGCUGCGUCGUUUGGCAAGUCAGUGCUUGACCUCUACAACAGCGACGAGUUUGUUGAGAUGUGCGAGACGCUUCGCGUGCUCAACGCGGCUCGAUUCUACGAAAUCGGUCUCCCCUUAUCUUAUGAGCAAUAUCAACGCUUGACGCCUGAGAAACUCAUUGAGCGGCUCAUCAACAGACACGAAUACCUCCUCGCACUACGCAUCUCAGAGUAUCUGCGCUUACCAUCAGACCGCAUCUAUGUCAACUGGGCCAGCCAAAAAGUCCGCCAGUCUACCGAGGACGAGGAAUCUAUCUGCCGGUUGAUCGUGCAGAAGCUGAACAACAAACCCGGUGUAUCCUUCGAGGAGAUUGCGCGCUCUGCUUACGACGAAGGGCGCGUCCGCCUCGCCACUGAGUUGCUGAAUUACGAGCCUCGCGCAGGCAAGCAGGUCCCGUUACUGCUGAGCAUGAAAGAAGACACCAUUGCCCUUGACAAAGCUAUUGAAAGCGGCGACACCGACCUCGUCUACCACGUUUUACUGCAUCUUAAGAAGAAGCUUCCACUUGCACCGUUCUUCCGCACCAUAAACUCACGGCCCAUGGCAAUGGCUUUGGUCGAGUCCUCCGCCAUCGACCAAGACCGCGAGCUGCUAAAAGACCUCUACUACCAAGACGAUCGCCGCCUCGACGGAUCCAACCUCCUCCUCUCAGAAGCUCUCGCCCAAGAGCACCCCCAAGCCCGCCUGGACAAAAUCAAACUCGCAUCCCGGCUGCUCCAAGACUCGAAGGAAAACGCCUUCCAGCUCAAGAUGCUCGACGAAACCGCCCGCCUCCUCCGCAUGCAAGAGCACUUCGACAAAGACCUGCACAGCGACGCCAGCCCCGCCGGCAUGCGAACCAGCGGCCCCAGCUUCGUCGGUCUCAGCAUCAACGACACGCUAUUCGAGCUCCUAAAAUCCUCGCAUGUCAAGCGCGCGCUCAAAGUGCAGUCCGAGUUCAAGGUCCCCGAGAAGACGUACUGGUGGGUGCGGCUGCGCGCGCUGGUUUCCGCGCGGCACUGGAAUGAGCUAGAGGAGGUGGGGAAGGCGCGGAAGUCGCCGAUUGGGUGGGAGCCGUUUUUCAACGAGGUGCUUGGGGCGGGGAAUACGAGGCUCGCGAGCACGUUUGUGCCGAAGUGUACGGGGUUGAGCCCGAGGGAGAGGGUCGAGAUGUGGGUUAAGUGUGGCAUGGUGGGGAAGGCGGGGGAGGAGGCGCUGAAGGCGAAGGAUGUGGAGUGUUUGAGGGAGUUGAGGGAGAAGGCGACGGGGAGCACAUUGAGUGAAAUCGAUAAGAUGAUUGCGCAGCUGGAGCCACGGAGGCGGUGA